AUGAGAUGCACUCUGCCUUUUGGCAAGCCCAGCAAGCGACAAAGGUAUGGACCCAUCUCUACAGAGGGGGGGAUGGAGGAACCACCCAAAGACACCCUCGACGGCUUCGUAGGCGGCAGCGACACCAUCUCCAGCCGGGACCUGGACGCGACGGACGAGGGCGAGUGCGGUCAUGGGGUGCACGGGCAAGGUACCGCUCGGGCGGACUUGCAGCAGGGGAGUCAAGCGGGGACCCAAUCCUUGUGGCAGGAAGGGGACCAGCAGAAUCGGCUGUCGGGGGAGGCCGGGAGGUCACAAGCAAGGGGGCAGCAUGUGCUGUUGGCGGGAGGGCAGCAGGAGUUGUCUGUGGGAGGGGAGCAAGAGGUGUCGGCGAAAUGGCAGCAGGAGCUGUCGGUGGGAGGGGAGCAAGAGCUGUCGGUGAAAGGGCAGCAAGAGCUGCAGGCAGGAGGGCAGCGGGUGCUGCCGGCAGGAGAGCAGCAAGUACUUCCGGCAAGAGAGCAACAGGAGCGGCCGGCGGGAGAGGUGCAGGAGCUGGUGGUGGGAGGGCAGCGGGAGCUACACGCACGAGGGCAGCAGGAGCUGCCGACUGGAGGGCAGCAGGAGUUGCCGGCAGGAGGACAACAGGAGUUGCCGGCAGGAGGGCAGCUGUGA